AUGGACGCCGCAAGCACGCACCCACUUGGAGGUCGCCCCGGUAGCUGCACCGGAGGUGGUGUUGGCAGUGGUGGUGGUGGUAGAGGUGGAAGAAUGCCAGGAGGAGCAGCAGGCAGUUCAAGUCCGCAACAGUUCUGCCUUCGAUGGCACAAUCAUCAGGCGAGUCUACUUAGUUCGCUACCGUUACUGCUCGACCAGUCACACCUUACCGAUGUGACGCUAAUGGCGGAGGGACACAAAAUCAAAGCGCAUCGCGUCGUGCUGAGCGCUUGCAGUACGUUCUUCUCCGAGCUGUUCCGUACGCUCGAUGGCGCACAGUACCCGGUGGUGGUGGUGCCUGGCGCUUCCUACCACGCCGUAGCCGCACUGAUAACCUUCAUGUACUCGGGCGAAGUGAACGUGUACGCUGCGCAACUAUCCGUCCUGCUAUCGCUGGCCGAAACGCUGGGCAUUAAAGGAUUGGCCGACUUCAACAGUAACCCCAACAAAUCGAGCACUCCUUCCACGGAUGCAUCGUCCUCGCGGGAUUCGGACGUACCUUCACCCUACCAUUCAAUGAAAGUGUCCUCACCGGUGGACAACUUCCUCGCCCGACCGUACGCGUUCGGUUCGGACAUGUUUGAAAUGCGCAACAAUGCACAGGCGCUCAAUUUGAUCACCAAUCCUGGAGGAUCGAAUGGAGGCGCGAACGGAGGUGCUAGUGGAGGGAACCAUCCAAACGAUGGGUACUCGGGCAACAACUCCAGUAACGCCAACACAACAAACGCUUGCAACACAAUCGCGGGAAGUCUCGCCUCCAAGUCACUAACCACCAGCGAUCUUUAUGCACGGUUCGAGGCCGAACGUAAUGAGCAGCUGAACGCGGAAACGCUGUGCAAGAUGAACGAACUCAAUCUGCACGCCGAGAGCGCCAUGCUGAAGGAGAAACAGCAUCACCUGAAUCGUGCUAGUACACCGAUCCGAUCGGCUUACGCACAUCAACAACAACACCACCAGUCCUCUUCUGGCGACGGCCGUUCGCUCGUCGAGUCGUCCAUGUUUGCAAACUUUGGCAAUGAUAACGCGCGGGACUGCAAACUACCGAAUGGUCCACUGCUGCUGGGCAUGAAGCUGAAGGAGGAAGAUCUCUCCGACAGCAUCCACCAGCUGAGCCAAUCGUACGGUUCUGUGCCGUCAACGCCGACUCCACAGACACCGGGACUGGAAGAUGCGGGUCGUGUCACACAGGCGACGACCACGCGCAAAACGCACAGCACCCAGGACACGGCCACCAACAAGCGGAAAAAGUUGGAACAAAUCACGGAAAAUCUGCUCGAAACGCUCAAACAGUCGUCCGAAGGUGGCAAGCUGCCGUUGCAUCUGUUUAGCAAACCACCCACCGUCACGCCCGUCAGCAACACGCAGAACCCGUACCUUGCUCAUCAUUUUCUCACGAACGAAAGUGCUUCCAAAACGCCGGAAAAUUUUAGCUUGGAGUCGUCCCAUCCGAAUGCCGCUUCCAACACGAACACUCGUGCCUCGCCGAUUGCAACGGCCACAUCGAUCGGGACGGCAUCUUCGCCUACCACAACACCCGGUUCACUGCUGGCGCUGGCUCCCACAGCCGGCAGUGCUAACGAGAAUCUCAUCAAAACGCUUCACAUUACCCAUCCGUCGCAGGUGGUCGCCUUGCAGCAGCAGCAGCAGCAAUCGCCGCAGGUGCCUUCCACACAGAAGCCGCCAUCUUCGAAGCUGUACGCGACGUGCAUGAUCUGCAACAAGCAGCUGAGCAACCAGUACAAUCUGCGCGUUCAUUUGGAAACUCAUCAGAAUGUCCGCUACGCUUGCCAGGUGUGUUCACAUGUAUCGCGAAGCAAGGACGCGUUGCGCAAGCAUGUCUCCUAUCGCCAUCCGGGCACACCGAGUCCCUGCGAUCCCGACACGAAGCGGAAGCGCUCGAAGGGCGGCACCUCGUACAGUCAGCUCGCCAAGCAGGACGGCGGACUUGCCGAGCAACAGGCCGCGGCACUACUAAGCCACCAGCAGCAGCAACAACAGCAACAGCAACAGGCCAGCAAUUUGCUUGCCAACCUAACCUCACAGGGUCCGCUGCCGUCGUUGUUGCAGACUUUUGCAGCACACCACAAAUCGGCCGCACUGCUUUUCAACCAGACCGCACUGGCGCAGUCGGCAACAUCGUCGGCCCCCACGGCCCCAUCAGCAACGGAACCGAUCACUGGAUCUCCGGGCAAUGUUCCGUCCACCGGUAUCAAGCGGGAACCAACCACCAGUGAGUCGGGAGAGCAAAAGGCCGACGGCAAGUCGAAUAAUUCGAAAACGGAUGACGCAACAGUGACCAAACAAUCUGACAAAGACAUUUAAAAGACCCCGAUUGUUCUACUGCAAGGGGAGGCGUCUUACACCUAAAAAAAAGCAAAGAGAACACAAGCGGUUAAAGAAGAGCGUCCAGCCAAGCCCGGUAGGCAAACAGCUGAGAAACAUUACUGAAAAAAGACAUUAGGUUAACGAUUUACGCUAUAUACGCUAGUACUAAUAGAGACACAUUUGGGGGUGACAGUGCGAGUUUGCAUCCGACGGACACAACACCCAGUGCCGAUCCGCCGAUACGCGAAACAGACAGCGACGACUGGUAGCGUACUGUUUGCUUCGUUCAGCAAAGUUGACGAUUAUACUCCACCUUUCGAUUUUGAUUUCUAUGUUGUUUUACACAAGAAAAAAGUCACGAUUUUUGGUUUCGUUUUAUCGCACAGAUUUCUCAUUUCGUUCUGUUUACUUAAACUUGUUCCCUAGCUGUGAUAGUAAGACAAUAUUUUGUAUAGACCUGUAACAAACUCUGAGUAAGACCUUAUUUCGAGCGAUCCUGUAUAGGUCGGUACCGAGGGUAGAAAUUCGAGAUCAGCUUUUUCGCGUGCGCUAUCAAUUUCGUCACUUCAAUUUGUGGUUAACAUGUGCCUUAGAUGAAAUCUUGUACUACAAAGGAUACUACUACCUCAACCGACAUCGCCGCAACAGAGGACAAUACGAGAAAAGGGAUGGCGAAUUCCUUGGGGAAUGGAAAUGAAUACGAAAUGCGAAGCUAAGCAAGUAGAUCGCCCCGAAUCCACGAUACCUCUACCGAUAGGACGAAAUCCUCCUUAAACUCUUAAAAGACAUUUAAUUACCUACCCUGCCUGCUAUAGUGCUCGUUCAGGUGAAAAGCCCCAGUGUUUGAUUAUUAGUUCCAUUUUGUUGUAGUUACCUAUUUGGUUCUAACCGAACGGAGCCUCCGGGCCUCCAACUAUGUUUUUAUCUAGUCUAAACCCUUAUGCACCCUUAUUUUUAUUUCUCUUCAUCCCACGACUCCUACUCUCACACCCAACGCCAUGAAAGGCUGGCAGUUGAGCUGCGGGCUCACGUUGUUUCCGAUGGCGGUUUGUUGCUUGUGGUAAAAAGGACACGCGUAUUUCUUUUAAUUUUGCUUUCUUAAUGAAACGAAACAGAAACUUCAAAAAGACAAAUACCUUCUCUUUUAAGCAACGAUAGGCUAAUGAAAACUCUAAUUAUAUUUGUCCAUACUUUAACAACACAAGCAAAGUGAGUGUGUUUUCCGCGUUCUGAUUUAAAAAGACACACAAACACACAAACACACACACACAGAUACGUUAGGAAAAUGCUGAAUGUUACCACCAUGAUCAUCACACCCGGGAGGUUUCACACAACGCGGAACACCCAAACGCAUGAUCGUACACUAUCAAUACUAGCGUGUGGGGAGAGAUGGGUGUUAUUAGGUAAUAGAGAUUCUAUCUAUUGAAAAUGUAAUAGUAAACAUUUGAUUUAAUUAAACAUGAAUAAUGUUCACACUUUUCGCUCACUCGCUCUGAGUUGAACCGAUUCAUAAAACUUAACUAAUACCGUACCAAAGCGUAACAAAGUUCGAAGUUUUCAAUUUUUUUAUAAUAAAACAAGUUUGUUCUACAUCGGAAAGAAAUGCCCAACCGAUCAGACUUCUUUUUGU